UCACACUGCUGCCAAGACAGAUGGGCUGGCUGCUGAGUCUGGGCUACCUCACUGUAGUGGUGGCUGUAGCAAUUGGCACAGAGAGGAGGCAGCACCAAGUGCAGCAUGGCCACUGUAGCUACACAUUCAUCCUGCCAGAGGUGGAGCAGUGCCCAUCACCUGGAAACUUCCGGGUGAGCAAUUCCCUGCAGAGAGAUUCGCCCUUGCCCCCCGACGCAGCCCAGACUGAGAAAAAGCUUGAAAGCCUGGAGAGUGCCACUGAGAACAACACACUGUGGCUGCAGAAGUUGGAGAAUUACAUCCAGGACAACAUGCGUUCCGAGAUGGUGGAGAUGCAGAGGAAUGUCAUUAACACACAGACAGCCACCAUGCUGGAGAUAGGAACCAAUCUCCUCAGCCAGUCAGCAGAACACACACGGAAACUUACAAAUGUGGAGACUCAGGUGCUGAACCAAACAAGUCGACUGGAGAUCCAGCUGUUGGAAUACUCUCUCUUCACCAAGCGACUGGAGAAGCAACUCCUGCAGCAGAACCAGGCGGUGUCCCGCCUACAUGACAAAAACAGCUACCUGGAGCAGCGGUUUACAGCCUUGGAGGCCAGACACAGCCAGGAGCUGCAGGCUAUCCAGCAGGAAAAGCAGCAGCUGCAGGAGCUUCUGGACCAGCAGAGUCACCUGGUCACUGUGCUUGAGAGACAGCUGGCCAGCUCCACCCGCAACAGCACACUGCUCCAGCACCAGCAGGCUACGCUCUCAGAGACACUGCAGCAGCUACUGGCCAUGAUCUCCCAGUGCAACGAUAUUACCAGCCUGUCUAAGGAGAAGGCAGUGAUUUUCAGAGAUUGUGCCGAUAUAUACAAGUGUGGAAUUACAGAGAAUGGAAUAUACAACAUCCAUCUCGCCAACAGCACACAGACAGUUAAGGUGUUCUGUGACAUGAAGACAAGAGGAGGAGGUUGGACUGUUCUUCAACAUCGCUUUAAUGGUUCAGUGGACUUCCAUCGUAACUGGAAAGAUUAUAAAAUGGGAUUUGGAGACCCCUCAGGAGAACAUUGGUUAGGAAAUGAUGUCAUCCACCUGCUCACCAUGUCCCGAGACUACACUCUGCAGGUCCAACUCAAAGACGUAGAGGGAAACCAGGCCUUCUCUCACUAUGACCAUUUCUACAUCGAUGGAGAGGAAAAGAAAUAUAGCAUCCAUGCUGAAGGUUUUAGUGGUACAGCAGGUCGCACCAGUAGCCUAACCUACUCAGGCACCAUGUUUAGCACAAAGGAUCAAGAUAAUGACCGCUGUAGCUGCAAGUGUGCCCAGAUGGCCUCAGGAGGAUGGUGGUUUGAUGCCUGUGGGCCAUCCAACUUAAACGGAAUCUACCACACUGGAAUCUCCAAUGUGAUGCGCUACAAUGGGGUCAAGUGGUACUAUUGGAAAGGGCCAAACUCAAUAGUAACCAGAACCACUAUGAUGGUGCGUCCUGUGGAUUUCUAAAAAUAAAUGUCAUGGAGACAUUUGGCUCUACAGACAGCAAAAUUCCCAAGUUUAAUUAAGAUCUAUGAUUGAUUUGUGUCCAGCUGCACUUACAUAAACACUAGGUGUUAAUUCAUCGGUGGGGAAUUUGUGACAUAGACAGCAAAAGAGUGCCAGAGGGCUGUUGACACAGCUGAGACUCACUGACAUUUUAUGCAUUUUUGGAAUUUGUGGAACACUAUAUGUUUCAAUCUGUCCUAUUUGUUCUGCUCCGGCAAAAAAAAAAAAAAAAAAAAAAAAAAAAAGCCCAGCUGCUUCAUCAGUAUAUUAUUUUCCUGUAUAUAAAAGCUCAUGCAUUGUAGAAUGCAAAGGACUGGAAUUUCACAUUAGUGUUUGUUUGUAUACUUGGCUAGUGAACAGAGAUCUGAAUAAAUGUGAACCAUUCCUCCUCCCUCUCCUUGAAGCACCCCCCGUCCACAGCACCUCUCUAUUUUCCCCCUCUCUGAAAUGCUUAUAAAUUUUAUGAGUGAAUACUCCCAUAAAACUGCAUGAGAUACUAAAACAGGUGUAUGUUUUACAAUCGCAUUAUUUACAAUAAAAUGUAUAUUUGUAAUAAAAAUGACAUAAAAUCGAUCAGAGACAUCAGUGAUUGUAGGAAACGAGAAAGUAUGAAGGUUUCAAUGCCAACAUCUUAGAAUGUGGUCUGUUCAUGGUGCUGUUUUAGCAGCAGGCUGUGCCUAAUGCAGCACUAUGGUUGAUUGACCAUCCAUGCAGGGUUCUAAGAGGGUCAAUAUUUUCGCACCGACCAUGCCAAUUCCUUGAUGAGGCAUACAGUACAGGCUGCUUGCACUAAAUACAUCAGAGAGGCAGGCCCUAUUGCACUGCUGACCGGUGUUCACACUUAGCAUUUAGCCAUGUAACUGCAGUCAUGAUUAAUCACUGCAAUCGUGAUUUAACACUG